AUGGUGGUAGCUUCUGCUAUGAUGGUAUCUUCUGGUAUGGAGGUUGGUUCUCGCCACCCUCAUGGAAGAAGGCUGGACAUGGUGACCAUUGAAUCAGAUGUUAAGUGGACCGAAGAACAGUAUGAAACUUUUGAAAAUAAUCCCUUAAAGAAGCAAGCAAAGAAAAAGAAGAAAAUAGUCUUCGUUGGUGCAAGAGUUCAUCCUGGAGAAACACCCUCCUCGUAUGUUUGUCAAGGUAUGAUAAAUUUUCUUCUCAGCGACAACCCAGUUGCCAAAAUAUUGAGACAUUUCGUUACAUUCAAGUUCAUCCCCAUGCUCAACCCUGAUGGCGUAUUUGUCGGAAAUUACCGGACUUGUAUUUUGGGUCAAGAUUUGAACCGCUGCUGGCAGGAAAAGUCUAUACACGCUUAUCCGACACUAGCUGCAGUGAAAUCCGUCACAGAAACCUUAUCUUCUGAAAAGGAUGAAGAGAUAGACAUGUAUCUAGAUCUCCAUGCCCAUACAGGAUUGUUGGGAGCUUUUGUCUACGGUAACAGUUACACGGACGUGUACCGCUUCCAACGGCACACCCUCUUCCCAAAGCAUCUCAGCUACUGCGCACCGGAUUUCUCAUUGGAGCACACAGCCUACAACAAAGACAAGAACAAGCAGGGCACUUCAAGAAGAUUUUUAGCGGGUUUUUUGAACGAAAAGGUAAAUUGUUACACUUUAGAAGUGAGUUUCCAUGGUUACGAAGUACCGAAAGGAAAUUCUACCACCAUCCACGUCUACAAUGAAGAAGAGUAUCUUCGCUUAGGAGAAAGUAUCUGCCACUCUUUGUUAGAUUAUUACUGCGCAAUAAAGUACAUACCUCCAGAUGAAGUACCAAAGGCUGUAAGGGAGUCCUGCUGCAAAGGUUCUAGAGCCAAAAUGGUCAGCAAUGGUAACAAUAGAUCCCCUCAUCGUGCCGCAUCGAAUACAACAUUGAAUGACAAAAAAGCUGGGCCCCAACCCACUACGUCCAAAAAUAAAACAAUGAAGACGAAAGCUGUUCCCUCGAAGCAGUCAAACGAGCAGAAGUCCUCAUCUAACCACAAGGCAACGGCUGCUAAAAAUAUUUAA